AGAGCAAGGCAAAGAGGGAGGCAGAUAAAAGCCGCUGUUCCAAGCAGUACCAGGCACCAAGGAACAGCGAUGCCUGUGAAUGACUCCAAAGAAGCAGGGGUGCAGCAGAUGGGCUGUCUGGGAUUUCUGGACCGGGGCCACAUUUCCCUGGUGCUGCAGCUGCUGUCACUCAUUUUCUUUGCUGGACUCCUGGCUGCCAUCGUCAUCCAAGUUUCCAAGAUCCCCAGCUCAGAGGAAAUACAGUGGGAACAGAAAAAGCAGGAGAAAAUGUUCCAGGACCUGAGCCAGCUGAAGUCUGAAGUUGAUAGCCUCUGCCGCCGCUGUCCUUGGGAUUGGACAUUCUUCAAGGGAAACUGUUACUUCUUCUCCAAGUCACAACGGGACUGGCAUGACUCCAUCACGGCCUGCCAGGAAGUGGGAGCCCAGCUGGUCGUCAUCAAAAGUCAUGAGGAGCAGUACUUCCUGCAGCAAGCUUCCAAGAAAAAUGGCUACACCUGGAUGGGGUUGUCAGACCUGAACAAGGAAGGUGCAUGGUAUUGGCUGGAUGGUUCACCUCUGUCAGACAGAUUUGAGAGGUACUGGAAUAAAGGACAGCCCAACAACAUUGGGGGACAAGACUGUGUGGAAUUCAGAGAUGACGGCUGGAAUGAUGCCAAAUGUGAUGACAUGAAAUUAUGGAUCUGCAAAAAAUCCUCAACUACCUGUUCCAGCAAGUGAUGGCCACAGCCCCUCUCUGCAGCUUCCACAGCCUAAACAUCCCUGUUGGACAGUGGGCUUUUGCUUGUGCUUUUCCCAGUUCCUUUUCCCUGUCUAUGGGUGUGGAAAUCUUAGUAUUACUUCUGAAACAUAUCAGUCUCCUUUGUGAGUAACUAUGGUGCUAGACCACUGAUGGCCUUCCUUUGAU